AAAAAACCCCAACUUAACACUCUUCCUCCGUCUGAACCCUCUUCCGCUGAACGAGAGGAUAGCUGGACCCCUCUUCCUCGCAACCCUUUGUCCUCGUCCAUGUUGCUACCUCUGAACAGCGAGCACAAGCGUCUCAGUUCCACUACCACGGUUUCUCCCCCUAUCUGCGAUCAAGGCAAGCACCCCAUGGGCCCCCCACACUCGCCUCUGCACGGUCAGACCCUGCUGCACCCUGUCGUCAGUCUACACACCCCACAUCAACAGCAGCAGCAACGUCAGCCUCGGUCUCAGAAACGCCAGGAAAACCACCAGCAACAACAGCAGCGACCAGACUCGCCUACCAGCUUCGAAGACUCCUUCUCAGAAAGUGGCGCCGAUACCGUCUCGGUCGAUUCCACUGACUCUGCUGACUCUGCUGACUCUACAGAAAAUGGCGUCAAUACAGCCCAUGCCUUCGAGCAUGGGCAUGAUUAUAUCUCUGCUGGGAAUAGUGCCGAUGUACUCUCAAGCAGCUUGGUUCGGAAUCCUGUCUCUAUCCUCACCCUUCAGGAUUGCAACAGCAACAACAUGCGUAAUUAUCUUGCGCCCAGUCUGAUGAUAGCCACGCCCCCUCUGUCCCCAACCAGACAGCAGUUUGUUAAGGAGCCAGUCGAAGUCCAAGUUCCUGGCACCGAAAAAGUUCGACCAGAGGAGUGGAGUAAAACCCCUCCAGCCCGAGCACGAGCAGGAUCAGCACCACCACCAGCAACAAGAGCAGCUCGAUCAUCGAGAGUUGCUCCUGCAGUAACGCCUGUAAUACUGAUGGCGCCCAGGAUAUCUUCCCUUGCAUCUCACCUGCCAGCGCAACCUGCUUCGGCCUGGACCGCACUCCUACCAGGGGUUGCACCCAUCCGAGUGAACCCGAGGCCGAUCGUCAGACCGCCAAUGCGAUCGUCUACACCAAAUAUUUCCACUGAGCAACGGCUGCAUCAACAGGUGCCAAUUGUAUUACCUCCUGAGCGUGAAGCGAGCCUAACAAUGGAGAUGUACAGGCUAUUCGAGAAUCUACUGCCGACUGAAGAGAGCCAUCAGCGCAGGACAAUGUUGAUCAGCAAGAUUGAGGGCAUCAUCCACACUGAAUGGCCUGGGCAGGAUAUCAAAGUGCUACCAUUUGGAUCGACUGUGAAUGACCUCGGUACCAAUACAAGCGAUGUGGAUAUCUGCAUUUUGACAUCCUGGUUAGGCCUACAGGGUGUGGAAAUGUUGGCGGAGGUGUUCCGAAAGCAUGGCAUGGAAAAUGUGUUUUGCGUCCCCGGGGCAAAGGUCCCCAUCGUCAAACUGUGGGAUCCUCAGUUGCAACUCUCUUGCGACAUGAACAUUAAUACGCAGCUGGGGAUUAUGAAUUCGAGGAUGGUCAGGACAUAUGUGGCGAUCGACCCUCGCGUCCGGCCUUUUGCGAUGAUCAUUAAGCACUGGGCGCGAAAGAGAGUGCUGAACGAUGCCGCGAACGGAGGCACGAUAUCGACAUAUACAUGGAUUUGCAUGGUCAUCAAUUUCUUACAGAUGCGAUCGCCACCAAUUCUGCCCUCCCUCCAUGACAUGCCUCACGAGCUAUCGCCGGAUAAUCAGAUCAUCAACGGCAAUAACACAUCGUUCUUUAGCGACCUGUCGCAGCUAGAGGGAUUUGGGGAUGCUAACAAAGAGUCGCUAGGAGGGCUGCUUUAUGCCUUUUUCCGAAAGUUUGCGAUCGAGUUUGACUACGACCAUCACGUCGUCUCGGUCCGACAUGGAUGCUACUUGACUAAGGAGUCGAAGGGCUGGCAUAUCCCUGGAAAGCAUUAUCGACUGUUUUGUAUCGAGGAGCCAUUUGACACCACGCGAAACCUUGGAAACUCGUGCGAUAUGGCUAGCAGCAAGGGUCUGAAGCAGGAAUUUCGACGGGCGUUGGAUAUUCUUAAUCACAAUAGCAGUUUGGAUCAAGUGUGCGAGCAAUGGGUGUUCCCCCCUUGCUACUAUCACAACAACAAUAACAGUGUCUACAACCGAAGUGGCGGCGUCGGCAAUUUUUCUGCCAACAACCAUUCCACAUUAGGAAGACGCUAUGUUAAUGGAUACAGGUCCCAUCAUCACAGUUUCCAUGGACGAAAUGAGGGGAGCGCGGACGCUGAUGACACUGUCAGGCAUACGGAAUCAUGGCGCCCUCGAGGAAACAACUCUUCAUACGCAUCCAAUAAUCGAUAUGAUCGUGCCGGGCACGAAAAGCGGGCACGGUCAAAUUCUGUGUCCCCUCCAAGUAAGGACCUGCCGUCCUUGACCUCGACUCGAAUAAGCAACACAAGAAAGGAUGCAACUACCUGUAGUGAGGUCGGAGUCACGAGCUCAACAUUAGAAGAGGCUGCUGCUAUCAAUUUUCCUAGGAACGACUCCGGGAAGGCUUUGGCUGAAGGCAAUGCUGUCGGCGUUGAAGGUCCUGCACAGAACCGGCCACGGAAAUCCAGCAUACGCACGCGCGAUGACACCGCAGGAUCGUCUAUGACUGUUGGAAAGCAAGGCGAGCGGAAUGGAACAUCCAGGCCCCCAUCAUCGCCACCGGCUUCACCUCCUCGACACAAAUCAACAGGCAAGAGUCAUGGUGGCGAAGGACCGAAGGGCCAUGGCGGUCAGAAAAAUGGACGGGCCAACGGCAACAACCGCGAUGGAGGCCAUGGGGGAAAAGUACCCAGAGCAGCAGUGGAGCUAUGCUUAGCGGAUAUUGCCAGGAUUGUCAACAAGCCCGAAUCCACCCAGACAGGCCCCAUAGGGACAGCUGGGGAUAGUACUGAGUGCAGGAAGAAGAAGGGUGGCAAGAAGAGCGUAUUGUGGUCGACUAACUCAAACCGAGGUGAGUUGCGUGGGAACCACCAAGGAUUGAAGCAGCAGGACUCGGCAGAGCAAGCGAAGGCGCGAUCAAUUGUUGUUCCUGCAGAGCUUGGCGAGGCUGGUCCUGGGAUCGAUGCUAUGUAAUCAUCUAGGAACAAAUCCCGAACGUUUAGCAAGACGCGCACCCCCCUCUUGACGAGGCGAUGCCGUCUCUAUUAUUUUUUCGGGCGAUCGAAUUUUCAACAUGGUUCAG